UUGUCAACCUGUCAUCUUUUCAGAGGACUGGAACCGGCUGCUCCACCUCUGGUCCAGCCUCCCUUUUCCUUUGAGGAGGUGGCCGUGUGUUUCACCGAGGCGGAGUGGGCCUUGCUGGCUCCUGGCCAAAGAGCCCUCUACAGAGACGUCAUGCUGGAGAACUAUGGGAGCGUGGCCUCUCUGGGAGCAGAUGUAGAGGAGACAGCUGGGGAAUUCCAGAGGUUCUCUUUGGAAAAAGUCAAAAAUGAAGAUGCUGAAGGACACUUCGGAAAUGGAGAUGGACCCCAGAGGCAGGAGGGAAGCCAAGCAGCAGGGGAUGAUCAGAGGAAUGAGGAGGAUGAGGAACUGCAUCCUCUAUCGCCAGAUGAAGUCAAGAAUGAAGACCUGAGAGGAAACUUGAGAAACCAAGCUGUACCUAAGAGGCAGAAAAGAAGCCACAUCAUCCAGAAGAGGGGUAAACCCAUUCCUUGCCAAGGGGGGGAUUUCCAAGAAGUAAUUCACAUGGUGAAGGAAACACACAAGUGCUUGGUGUGUGGAAUUAGCUUCUCAGAUCAAUCCCAGUAUAAUGUCCACUUACGAAUGCACAGUGGAAAGAAGACCCAUCUCUGGCUGGAGUGUGGAAAGACCAUGAUUCGCAGACCAGAGCUCCUUAGACUUCAAAGAACACCAAAAGGAAAGAAACCUUAUAGCUGCUCAGACUGUGGCAAGAGAUUCUUAGAGAAAUCAGACCUUGUUCAACACCAAACGAUUCAUACAGGAGGGAAGCUAUUUAUUUCCUCAGGGAGUGGAAUGAAGUUCCCUGUGGAAGGAAAAGGAAAUAUACGUUUUCCAAAGCACAGUAUAAUGAAUGCAUGUAAAUGCUUUUGGUGUGGAAACUACUUCAAAAACAGGUCACAGCUCCUUGUGCACCAAAGAAUCCACAGAAGGGAGAAGCCUUUUAAAUGCUCAGAGUGUGGAAAGAGAUUUCGUGACAGUGGCACUCUUGAAAUACAUUUAAGAACCCACACAGGGGAGAAGCCUUUUGAAUGCUCAGUGUGUGGAAAGAGAUUCACUCAGAGUGGCACUCUUCAAAUACAUCAAAGAACCCACACAGGGGAGAAGCCUUUUGAAUGCUCAGUGUGUGGAAAGAGAUUCACUCAGAGUGGCACUCUUCAAAUACAUCAAAGAACCCACACAGGGGAGAAGCCUUUUGAAUGCUCAGUGUGUGGAAAGAGAUUCACUCAGAGUGGCACUCUUCAAAUACAUCAAAGAACCCACACAGGGGAGAAGCCUUUUGCAUGUUCAGAAUGUGAGAAGAGAUUCAGUCGCAGUGGCGCUCUUCAAAUACAUUUAAGAACCCACACUGGGGAGAAGCCUUUUGAAUGUUCAGAAUGUGGGAAGAGAUUCAGUCGCAAUGGCGGUCUUCAAAUCCAUCUAAGAACUCACACAGGGGAAAAGCCUUUUGAAUGUUCAGAGUGUGGGAAGAGAUUCAGUCGAAGUGGCAAUCUUCAAAAUCAUCUAAGAACCCACAGAGGAGAAAAACCUUUUGAAUGCUCAGAGUGUGGGAAAAGAUUCACUGACAGUAGCACUCUUCAAAAACAUCUAAGAACUCACACAGGGGAGAAGCCUUUUGAAUGCUCAGAGUGUGGGAAGAGAUUCAGUCGCAGUGGCACUCUUCAAAAUCAUUUUAGAACCCACACAGGGGAGAAGCCUUUUGAAUGCUCAGAGUGUGGGAAGAGAUUCAGCUCCAGAAACAGUCUUCAAAUUCAUCUAAGAACCCACACAGGAGAGAAGCCUUUUGAAUGCUCAGAGUGUGGGAAGAGAUUCAGUUGCAGUGGCCAGCUUCAAAUCCAUCUAAGAACCCACACAGGGGAGAAGCCUUUUGAAUGCUCAGAGUGUAGGAAGAGAUUCCGUGACAGUAGCAGUCUUCAAAAACAUCAAAGAACCCACACAGGCGAGAAACCUUUUGAAUGCUCAGAGUGUGGGAAGAGAUUCAGUUAUAGUAGCACUUUUCAAAAACAUCAAAAAGCCCACACAGGGGAGAAGCCUUUUGAAUGCUCAGAGUGUGGGAAGAGAUUCAGUGACAGUGGCAAUCUUCAAACCCAUCAAAGAUCCCAUACAGGGGAGAAGCCUUUUGACUGCUCAGAGUGUGGGAAGAGAUUCAGUUCCAGUAGCGCUCUUAAAAAUCAUCUAAGAAUCCACACAGGGGAGAAGCCAUUUGAAUGCUCAGAGUGUGGGAAGAGAUUCAAUAACAGGAGCACUCUUCAAUAUCAUCUAAGAAUCCACUCAGGGGAAAAGCCUUUUGACUGCUCAGAGUGUGGGAAGAGAUUCAAUAACAGGAGCACUCUUCAAUAUCAUCUAAGAAUCCACACAGGGGAGAAGCCAUUUGAAUGCUCAGAGGGUGGGAAGAGAUUCAAUAACAGGAGCACUCUUCAAUAUCAUCUAAGAAUCCACACAGGGGAGAAGCCAUUUGAAUGCUCAGAGGGUGGGAAGAGAUUCAAUAACAGGAGCACUCUUCAAUAUCAUCUAAGAAUCCACACAGGGGAGAAGCCAUUUGAAUGCUCAGAGGGUGGGAAGAGAUUCAAUAACAGGAGCACUCUUCAAUAUCAUCUAAGAAUCCACACAGGGGAGAAGCCAUUUGAAUGCUCAGAGGGUGGGAAGAGAUUCAAUAACAGGAGCACUCUUCAAUAUCAUCUAAGAAUCCACACAGGGGAGAAGCCAUUUGAAUGCUCAGAGGGUGGGAAGAGAUUCAAUAACAGGAGCACUCUUCAAUAUCAUCUAAGAAUCCACACAGGGGAGAAGCCUUAUGAAUGUUCAGAGUGUGAGAAGAGAUUCAGUUACAGUAGCACUCUACAAAAACAUCAAAGAACCCACACAGGGGAGAAGCCUUUUGAAUGCUCAGAGUGUGGGAAGAGAUUCAGUGACAGUAGGUGUCUUCAAAAACAUAAAAAAAUCCACACAGGAGAAAAGCCCUUUGAAUGCUCUGAGUGUGGGAAGAGAUUCAGUCUCAAUAGCACUCUUCAAGAACAUCUCAAAACAUGCAGUGAAGAGAUGGUGUCAACCUGUCGUCUUUUCAGAGGAAUGGAAACGGCUGCUCCACCUCUGGUCCAGCUGAGGAAGAGGACGUUGGCAAAAGCGGCCUCUCAAGUCGUCAUGACCAGCAAAGAGCUUCCUGAGGUGUUUUCCUCAGGCGAUGAGGGAGACGCGACUGCCGCAUCGGCGGCGGCGCGGGACACCAUCGGGGCCUAUCAGCCUUCGCGGUUUGAUCGUGUGUCCCCAACGGAGGCUGCGGAUCGCGCGGCGGCGGCACCAGGCGCCAAGAAACGCCGCUUGCAGCCUGAUGCGGAUGAGCCCGCCAUUUUUCCGUCGCGUCUUCGGACGGGCGGCGGCCAUUUUGAGGACCCAGCCUUAGGCCUUGGCUCCUCAUCGAGACCGUUCCAGGAUGCCGCGGAGUGCCCAGUUCCGGGGAAUCCGGACCUGCAAGGCGGUAAGCUACCGAGUAACGCGGUUAUGGUGGAUCCUACCGAAUUAAUGGAAUUUAUUAGACGGUCAGUGCAACUGGAGGUCUCCAAGGCAAAUAAGCCUGCAGUCCCAGACCUACAGGAAUUUCCUCUCCUGGGCUCCCAUUCCCCUCACUCCUCGGGAUGGCCAACCAAGGCGGCAAAAAAGCCCCCCCCAUCCUCCUCCUCCUCACCCAAAGGAACCCAUAGGCGAACCAUGGAGGGAGGAUCUAGAUUCUACUGCCUCUUCCACUGA